UCAUUAACAUCAAAGGGAAUUAUUCAUGAAUCGUUUAUAACACCUACACCUAUCGUAUCACACCACAUGAAUCAGUGGUGGUACCACCUCACUGUAGAUCUUCUGCAUGGGUGGUACCAUUAUCAGUUAGUGGUGCCACUACCAUAUUAUAUAUAUAUAAUAUACACCGGUGUAUAGAGGUCAUUCAGGUCAAACUGUGCAAACAGAUGGCGACCGUUUCAAGAUUGUCAAGAUUUGAAUCAUUUGUAAAGGCAGCUUUGGCAAGAGAUGAUCACAAAGAGUUGCGGCUACUAGUGACAGGAAAGACAGGAGAAGGGAAGUCCACACUAGUCAAUGGACUACUGGGGAAACAUGUUGCUGUAGAGGGAGCUGGUACUGAGAGAUGCACAACAGAAGUUGCAGAGCACAAAGCAAUGCUCCAUGGUGUACCAGUCACUGUGUAUGAUUCCCCAGGCCUGCAAGACUCCACAGAAAAUGAAGAUAAGUACUUAGCAGAUAUGAAGAAGAAAUGUCAAAACCUCAGUUUAGUAUUGUAUUGUACUAAAAUGACCAACAACCGUUUAAAAGAGGAAGACAAACGUGCCAUUGUAAAGCUAACAGCAGAAUUUGGACAAAACUUCUGGAAGUAUGCUGUUCUUGUUCUCACAUUUGCUAACCGUGAAGAAGUCGGAAGACGCGAUGAAAGAGAUAAAGAUACAGGGUCCGAGCCUGAUGAUGAUGAUACAGAGAGCUGGAAUGUUCUUACAAAGAAAAGAUUUGAAGGUCGUGUAAAGAUAUGGAAGGACAGCUUUCACAAGUUUUUCAUAGAUGAGGUUGGAGUAAGGAAAGAUAUAGUGGAAAGGAUCCUUGUGGUGCCAGUUGGAGAUAGCAGAAAGUCACGUGAUAACCCGGAUCCUUACCGUCUUCCUGAUCGUGAUGAUUGGUUUAGUGAAUUCUGGAAGGCUUGCUCCUUUCGAGUUAGGGAAAUUAAUCUCUUCUGGGAAAUAAGUAAACACCGAUUUAUCAGCUCUCAAGCAACACAAGAUGAUGCUCUAACCGAUCUGGUUAGUGAAAUGAUUGCAAUGGCAGCAGAAAAUGAGGAGUUUCUUAAAAUAAUUAAUAUUGAAGAAUCUCCUGUACAAGACAGCACACUGCAACUUUCAGAUGGACAUGAAGUGGAUGAGACAUAUUCACAAAAACUUCGAGAUAAUUUAAAGAAGAUAGAUAGAGAGAAAUGGGUGAAAGAGCAAGAGGAAAUAAAUAAAAGGGAGAAAGGAAAAAUUGAGAGGGAAGCAGAAGCAAUUAGAAGAGAAAGAGCAAGAGUACAACAGCUUGAGACAGAUAUUACUAAUAAAAGAAUUCAACUUGAUCAGCAGUAUAAAAUGAAUCUAGCUCAGGAGGUUUAUAUAAGGGAUCCAGAUCCUUGGUGUGUGAUUCUUUGACAUUGUUAUAAGUUGAUUGAUUGCAAUUAAUAUUUUGAUAGCUGUUUGUGCAUUUUUAGCUAUAGUUAUUGAUAUGAUAUCUUCAAUGUUAUAUAGUA